CCACCUCGUUCGCGCUCUGCGCAUGCACGGAGGAUAUCUUGGAGCUACAUUUGUAUUCCUGUAAACACCAGCUCCAAACUUGUUGAGAUGCUAAAUAUCGUGCGCCAAGUCAACAGCUCCAGCCCCACUAUCUCAUGCCUCACUCAACACCACCAUUCCCCGCUGAAUGGACUAUAUACCACAAAAGACCAUGACAUCCCCCAUCCCUUCCCUACCCGCAUUCACCACCCUCCCCACCCUCGACGACCCUUCCCUCAAGCAAAUCCUCGACCUCCUCUUCGAGCCCUCGCCCCCCUUGCACACCCUCGUCCUACCCCUUCUCCGCAGCACCCCGUACCCCAACUACGAUGCCCUCAUCUCCGCAAUCAGGAGCAAAUUGCUCGCACUAGCAUCGUCCUCCUCCAAGGACGGAGAUGUGGACCUCCUCUCCCAAAUCCUCUGCGCCCACCCCCGCCUCGGCGAGAAGAAAAUAUCCAGCGAGCAGAGCCGCCGCGAGCAAGCCCAGCUUCAUGGCGGCAAGGACGAGGAAGCCAGAAUGUUGGAGGAGCUGAAUCGUCAAUAUGAAGAAACGUUUCCAGGCCUGAGAUAUGUCGUCUUCGUCAACGGCCGCCCGCGCCCCGAAAUCAUGGAUAACAUGCGCGCCCGCAUCGCCCGCGGCGAUAUCCAGGCCGAGCGGCUGGAAGCCAUCGAGGCCAUGUGCGACAUCGCCGCCGACCGGGCCAAGAAGCUACUGCGGCAGCAGGAGGCGCAAUAAUGCAAACCGCGUCCCCCUUUCCCUCAUAUGAAGGAAAGGGGAGAGGAGAGUAUUGGUGAUGGGAUUUAUAGAGAUAGAGUGUUAGAGCCUGGAUGUCUUGGCAACCUCCACGUGCUAUAGACCUACCUUGGACCACCCGCUACGAGACCCGCAGAAGAGCACAAAAGUAGGCCAAGGUGGGCGUUUUGCAAAAUGGAUAGUAACCAAAAAGUCCAGAACCGCGAGGUCGACCGGUGGGUCCAUCCCCUACCUGACCCAGACAAGCACAUUCAAUCCAAAUGGUUCCGUUCCUUAAACGCCC